AUGGGUCAUCCUGGGAUUCAGACGUGGAUAUGGACACUAUGUGUCUUCCUAAGCUGGAUGGGUGUGGUUCCAGCAGUUGCGGGGCCGCAGUACAUGGUAGCCGUUCCUGCAGUUCUUGAAGCUGGAGCUGAGACCAAAUUCUGUGCGAGUCUUCUGCAGCCCAAUGAGACUGUGGUCAUGACUGUCACUUUGCGGUCCCCAGAGACGAAUACAACCCUCUUCCAGAAGACGUCCAGUGAAGAGUUUCAUACCUGCGUUCAGUUUAAGGUUCCUUUAGUGAUGAAUGAAGUGGUGCAUAAGUUGGAGGUGGAGGUACAAGGAAACACAUUUUACUCAAAAGAAGUCAGGAAAGUCAUGACCAGAGCCUUUGAACCCAUGACAUUCAUCCAAACAGAUAAACCAAUCUACCUCCCUGGACAAACAGUGCAUUUCAGAGUCAUCACACUUGACACCAAGUUUAGACCUGCCAGUGAGCUGUACAAUAUGAUCGAAUUUGAGGAUGCACAAAGCAACAGGAUUGGACAGUGGCUGAACAAAACAUCCAACGGGAAAAUAUUGCAGCUUUCGUACUCCUUGAACUCUGAGGCCCGUGAAGGAACCUACAAAAUUAUUGUGACGAUUCAGGGAAGGAAAAUAAAUCACAUGUUCAAAGUGGAGAAAUAUGUUUUGCCUAAAUUUGAGGUAAAAGUAAAAUUAGCUGAAGAAGCGAGUAUUGGACAGAAGGAAAUUGAAGCUGAAGUAUGUGCAAAGUAUACAUAUGGUCAGCCUGUGCCGGGCAGUGUUAACGUUGAGGUGUGCCGACCUCUUAAGCGCUAUUUCCAUGGUGUCAAUUUAAUCACCCUUGAUCAUCCUGAGGGAAUCCCUGAGAUAACUGCUCCAUGCCACAAGGAGACAAAGCAGACGGACAAGAAAGGCUGUGCCACUUUUAUCUUCAUGAUGUCCACUUUCACAAAAAUUGACAAAAAGGUCUUGCAAGAUGUAUUGGAUCUGAGGGCCGCAGUGGAAGAGGAAGGGACAGGUAUUUCACAUCCAGAAGUGAAGAGAAUAAGGAUUUCUUAUGUUGUUGGAAAGCUGUCCUUUAUUGACACACCCAAGAUUUACGACCAAGGAUCAGAUGUGGAGGGAAAGGUUAAAGCAGUUUAUUACAAUAACACCCCCAUUCCGGACAUGCCGUUGUACUUGUUUGAGGGAGAAAGGUGGGCAUCACGUCGGCUAGAGAAUCUCACAACAGACAGCGAUGGUGUCGCCGCUUUCUCACUUAGCACAGCUAAUUUUCAAGGGAACAUCCACCUCCAUGUCAGCAACACGCCAACACGCCAGUACACUGAUCACAGAACUGCAUACUAUGAGGUUGGAGAUCACACGUUUUCUUUGGCCCAACUUUCCUCUCCGGAUACUAAAACCGUCAGCUUCCUAGAGGUGAAGAAGAAGGAUACACCACUUGUCUGUGACAGAGAAGAAAGCAUCUCCGUUCAAUACACAGUGGUUGGAGAGGCCCAGGGCUCUGUGGGUGUGAUAUAUCUGGUCUUAUCCAAAGGAGCCAUUGUCAUGCAAGGACUUAAACAAAUUAAAGUGCAAGAUAAAUCAGUGACUGAGGGCGAGGUGUCCUUCGACUUCAAAGUGUCUCCAGAGAUGGCACCAGAAGUCCAGGUUGUGGCUUACGCCAUCCUCCCGAGUGAGAGCGUGAUCGCCCACAGUGCUGACUUCUCCACUGAGAAAUGCUUUGAGCACAAGGUGUCGCUGGAGUUUUCUUCGCCCUCAGCAGUCCCAGGAGAGGAAGCCACCCUGCAGGUGAAGGCCCACCCAGACUCUCUGUGUGGUGUGAGCGCUGUUGACCAGAGUGUCCUCAUCAAGGAGCCAGGGAAGACCCUGGAUGCAGACAAGAUAUUUGGCUUGUUGCCUGUCAGAAAAUUGUUCUAUAUUCCAUAUGAAAUUCAAGAUCCUGCAGAGUGCUUGCAUGUGAGACCUAGAAGAUACGUUAUGCCAUACCCCAUCCAUGACAGGGAUGAUGCUUAUACAAUUUUCCAGAAUUUAGGGCUGAAGAUGGCAACAAACCUGUUUAUCAGAGUGCCUUCAUGUCUCAUGUACAAAGGAAGAGCAUACCACCAAGCCCACAUUGCCUAUGAUGUUAGUUACAGCAGGGGUUAUGCGAGUAUUCCUCAAAUAACCCGAGAAAGUGCACGGGUAGCGUCAGGCAGACCUGGUCUCCUUGGCGGAGCCCCUGAUGAUGAUACUUUGCCUAUAGAAACAGUGCGAACUUUCUUCCCUGAGACCUGGAUAUGGGACCUGGUGGAUGUUGGAGGGUCUGGAACGAAGGAUGUGUCCCUCACUGUCCCAGACACCAUUACCACAUGGGAGACAGAGGCUUUCUGUUUGUCCCCUCUGGGUUUUGGCUUGGCUCCUCGCAAAGAGAUCAACGUCUUCCAGCCUUUCUUCCUUGAGCUCAGCCUUCCCUACUCCAUCAUCCGUGGGGAGCACUUUGAACUGAAGGCAACCACCUUCAACUACCUGUCUAAGUGCAUCAUGGUCACUGUGACUCCAACUGCCUCCUUAGAUUAUACCCUCAACCCCCUCUCUGGGGACCAGUACACAUCCUGUUUGUGUGGCAAUGAGCGCAAGACCCUCAGGUGGACCAUGGCCCCCUCAGUCUUAGGGGUUGUGAAUGUGACUGUGACUGCUGAGGCUGUGGCAUCACACACAUCAUGUGACAAUGAGAUUGUGAGCGUGCCAGACAGAGGUCGCAUUGAUGUGGUCACACGAUCUCUCAUAGUAAAGGCUGAGGGAACUGAGAUGGCAAAGACCUACAACUGGCUGCUCUGCCCUAAAGGGGAGGCUUUGACAGAGGAAACAAGCAUACAACUGCCUGAGAACAUGAUUGAUGGAUCUGCCCGUGCUUCACUAUCAGUCUUGGGCGACAUCCUGGGCCGAGCCCUGAAGAACCUGGAUGGGCUGCUGAGGAUGCCGUAUGGAUGUGGUGAGCAGAACAUGGCACUUCUGGCCCCCAACAUUUACAUCCUCCAAUACCUGAAAAACACACAGCAGCUGACCCCAGCCAUCAAGGAAAAGGCUUCUAACUUCCUGACCAGUGGCUACCAGAGACAGCUGAACUACAAACAUAGCAGCGGUGCAUACAGCACAUUUGGAUCAGGAUCGGGGAACACUUGGCUGACUGCUUUUGUGCUGAGGUCUUUUGCCAAAGCACAGUCUUUCAUCUUCAUCGACCCAGCAAAGAUUCGACAGUCUAAGUCUUGGCUGGAGCAUAAGCAACGAGAAAAUGGCUGUUUUGAACAGUUAGGAAAACUCUUCAACAACAGAAUGAAGGGUGGUGUGUCUGAUGAAGUGACUCUCAGCGCUUACAUCACUGCUGCCUUCUUGGAGAUGAAUGUGUCCGUAAGGGAUCCAGUGGUGAAUAAGAGCCUGUCUUGCCUCAGGGAGUCCAUCAGUGACCUCAGCAACACCUACACCACAGCUCUGCUGGCGUAUGUCUUCACCCUGGCAGGAGACAUGGAGACCCGUGCUCACCUUCUGAAGCAACUAGACACCGUUGCAAUAAACGAAGGAGGUUUCCUCCACUGGUCUCAGACAGCCACACAAACAUCAGCCUCACUGUCAGUGGAGAUCAGCUCCUACGUGCUGCUGGCCAAACUCAGCGCCUCUCCUACCACUGAAGACCUGGGCUACGCCACACGCAUCGUCAGAUGGCUCACAGGGCAGCAGAACUAUUAUGGAGGCUUCUCCUCCACACAGGACACAGUGGUGGCUCUUCAGGCUCUGGCUCUCUACUCCACGCUGGUGUACGGUCCAGGGGGCUCCAGCACUGUGACAGUUCAGUCUCCCAGUGGCCCGCUGACAUUUGAUGUGAACCAGGACAACAAACUGCUCUACCAGGAGGAGGAGCUGAAGGACGUGACAGGAAAGUACAGCCUGGAGGUGAAGGGCACUGCAUGUGCUUCAAUUCAGCUUUCUCUCCACUACAACAUCCCAACUCCUACUGACGUCACAACCUUCAGUGUGAAGGUCGAUACAGAAGCCGACUGCACCAGCAAAUCUCAGAGACCCAAACUCAGUCUGAAGCUACAGUCUCUAUACAGCGGAAAGGAGAGAAGUACAAACAUGGUGAUCCUUGAUAUCAAAAUGCUCUCUGGCUUUGUCCCAGACCCACAGUCUUUGGGGCUGCUCAAAGGUGCCCUGCUGGUGGAUCGUGUUGAACAAAAGGAAGAUCAUGUCCUCGUGUACCUGCAAGAGUUAAUGAAGGACAUACCCAUCAACCACAGCUUAGAGCUCAUCCAGGAGCUCCCAGUGCAGAACCUGAAGCCGGCUGUGGUGAAGAUCUAUGACUACUACCAGCCAAGUGACCAGGCUGAGACAGAAUACAACUGCCCUUGUGCUUCAGCUUGAAGAAUGAUGUGUGGUCAGCUCUCAGCUCAUCACUGAUUCCAGUGUAAUUUAAAAAGCC